AUGUACCCCAAUUUUAACUUUAUUUUCCUGGCUAGUAAACACACAAUAGGCCUGUCAAAAUCAGCCAAGUCCAGCUGCAGUGUUCCCGUAGUGCAGGUAAAACAGUGGCACAAAGCUAGGACUGUCGAUGAAUUAAAAACAGGAAGAGAGAAGCUGCAGCUGAUCCGAUUCAUUAGCGAUCAGCAGCCGGGCUGCGGCCAGUUCCCCGCAGGGAGCAGAGGGACCUGCCUUCUCCAUCUGUUUCAGAUUAAGUCUCAGCAGAGUGAAGUGACCAGGGUCCUGGAUGGGAAGAACAUCAAGUACGAGCUGGUGGACAUCUCCCAGGACAACGCGCUGCGGGAGGAGAUGAGGACCCGCUCCGGCAACCCCAAAGCCAUUCCUCCCCAGAUCUUCAACGGAGACCACUACUGCGGGGACUAUGAGCUGUUCGUGGAGGCUGUGGAACAGAACACCCUGCAGGAGUUCCUCAAGCUAGCCUGACCGCUCCUUUCCCACCCUGGACUUCAUGGCUGCAUUCCCAACCGAGCUCCC